AUGUUGUCUUCUAAAGUAACAGACAUUAAAUGUACGUCUGACCCGGACACUUGCGCCCACAGAUGGCAGCAGCUACACAACAAGAAGUAUGCAGAGAAGCGCAAGUUUGGCUUCGUUGACGUGCAGAAGGAAGAGAUGCCGCCUGAACACAUCCGUAAGAUCAUCAGAGACCACGGAGACAUGAGCUCUCGCAAGUACAGGCAUGACAAGCGCGUCUACCUCGGCGCCCUCAAGUUCAUGCCACACGCCGUGCUCAAGCUCAUCGAGAACAUGCCCAUGCCCUGGGAGCAGAUCAGAGAUGUGCAGGUGCUUACAUAUUCCCUUAAACUCUUACCCUGGGAGCAGAUCAGAGACGUGCAGUGCCUGUACCACAUCACGGGCGCCAUUACCUUCGUGAACGAGAUCCCGUGGGUGAUAGAGCCCGUGUACAUCGCGCAGUGGUCCACCAUGUGGAUGAUGAUGCGCAGGGAGAAGCGCGACCGUCGUCACUUCAAGCGCAUGCGCUUCCCGCCCUUUGAUGACGAGGAGCCGCCCCUGGACUUCGCUGACAACGUCCUCGACGUCGAGCCUCUUGAGGCCAUUCAGAUCGAGCUUGACCCUGACGAAGAUGCGGCGGUACACGACUGGUUCUACGACCACAAGCCCCUGCUGGACACGCCCCACGUGAACGGCAGCACCUACCGGCGCUGGCGGCUGUCACUGCCGCAGAUGGCUACACUCUACCGCCUUGCCAGCCAGCUGCUCACAGAUGUUGCUGACAACAAUUACUUCUACCUCUUUGAUCUCAAGUCAUUCUUCACUGCUAAGGCGCUGAACAUGGCUCUACCAGGAGGUCCCAAGUUCGAGCCUCUGAUCAAGGACAUGAACCCAGCUGAUGAAGACUGGAAUGAGUUCAACGACAUCAACAAGAUCAUCGUGCGGCACCAAAUACGCACAGAGUACCGCAUUGCGUUCCCAUAUCUGUACAACAACAUGCCUCAGUACGUGCAUCUAGCCUGGUACCACACACCCACGGCGCUCUACAUCAAGACCGAGGACCCUGACCUGCCCGCUUACUACUUUGACCCUCUCAUCAACCCCAUCUCUCAUCGCAACACAGUCAAGGCUGAGCAUCUGCUGCCUGAUGAUGACGAGGAGUUUGAGCUGGCGGAGGAGGUGGCGCCGCUGCUGGCGGACUGGCAGCUGUACACGGACGCGACGGCUAACGGCAUGGCGCUGCUGUGGGCGCCGCGGCCCUUCAACCUGCGCAGCGCCGCCUGCAGGCGAGCCAUCGACGUGCCCCUCGUCAAGACCUGGUACCGGGAGCACUGCCCGCCCGGCCAGCCUGUCAAGGUGCGAGUGUCGUACCAGAAGCUGCUCAAAUACAAUGUGCUGAACGCUCUCAAGCACAGACCGCCCAAGGCUCAGAAGAAACGCUACAUUUUCCGGUCGUUCAAGGCUACCAAAUUCUUCCAGACGACCACUCUGGAUUGGGUUGAGGCUGGUCUGCAAGUGUGCAGGCAAGGCUAUAACAUGCUUAACCUGCUCAUCCAUCGCAAGAAUCUAAACUACCUCCAUCUCGACUACAACUUCAACCUGAAACCCGUGAAAACUCUCACCACGAAAGAGCGUAAAAAGUCACGUUUCGGUAAUGCGUUCCAUUUGUGCCGAGAAAUUCUUCGUCUCACGAAACUCGUGGUGGACGCGCAUGUGCAGUACAGGCUCAACAACGUCGAUGCCUUCCAACUGGCGGACGGUCUGCAGUACAUCUUUGCCCACGUGGGCCAGCUCACGGGUAUGUACAGGUACAAAUACAAGCUCAUGAAGCAGAUCAGGAUGGCCAAAGACCUGAAGCACGUUAUCUACUACCGCUUCAACACUGGUCAAGUCGGCAAAGGUCCAGGUUGUGGUUUCUGGGCACCUGGAUGGCGAGUCUGGAUCUUUUUCCAGCGAGGCAUCACUCCUCUUCUGGAACGUUGGCUGGGCAAUCUGCUCUCGAGGCAGUUCGAGGGACGACACAGCAAAGGCGUGGCUAAAACAGUCACUAAGCAGAGAGUCGAAUCACACUUUGAUCUCGAGUUGCGAGCCUCGGUGAUGCACGACAUCCUCGACAUGAUGCCUGAAGGUAUCAAACAGAAUAAGGCACGGACCAUCCUGCAGCAUCUCAGUGAAGCCUGGCGCUGCUGGAAAGCCAAUAUCCCAUGGAAAGUCCCUGGCCUUCCAACACCCAUCGAGAACAUGAUCCUGCGCUACGUCAAGAUGAAGGCCGACUGGUGGACCAACACCGCUCACUAUAACCGCGAGAGGAUCAGGCGAGGUGCUACCGUUGACAAGACUGUGUGUAAGAAAAACAUGGGUCGCCUCACGCGCCUCUACCUCAAAGCUGAGCAGGAGCGUCAGCACAACUACCAGAAAGAUGGACCGUACAUCAGUCCUGAGGAAGCUGUUGCUAUCUACACUACCACAGUUCAUUGGCUGGAGUCGCGACGAUUUGCUCCUAUACCCUUCCCUCCUCUGAGCUACAAACACGAUACCAAACUCCUCGUGCUUGCUCUCGAGCGCCUUCGGGAGGCUUACAGUGUCAAGUCGCGACUCAAUCAGUCGCAGCGAGAAGAGCUCGGUCUCAUUGAACAGGCCUACGACAACCCUCACGAAGCUCUUUCGCGCAUCAAGCGUCAUUUACUCACGCAGCGAGCCUUCAAAGAGGUGGGGAUUGAGUUCAUGGACUUGUACAGUCACUUGAUCCCAGUCUACGACGUAGAGCCGCUCGAGAAAAUUACUGAUGCUUACCUGGAUCAGUACCUCUGGUAUGAAGCUGACAAGCGUCGGCUCUUCCCGCCGUGGGUCAAACCUGGUGACAACGAACCGCCUCCGCUGUUGGUGUAUCAGUGGUGCCAGGGAAUCAACAACCUCACGGAUGUGUGGGACACUGCUGAAGGCGAAUGUAAUGUCAUGCUCGAAUCGAGGUUUGAAAAACUCUACGAAAAGAUCGAUUUGACUCUGCUCAACAGACUUCUGCGACUUAUUGUUGACCACAACAUCGCCGAUUACAUGACUGCCAAGAACAACGUGGACAUCAACUACAAGGACAUGAACCACACAAAUCGUUACGGAAUCAUCCGUGGUUUGCAGUUUGCCUCGUUCAUCGUGCAGUAUUAUGGACUCGUGAACGAUCUCCUUGUGAUGGGCUUGAGACGCGCCGCUGACAUGGCUGGCCCCCCACAAAUGCCUAACGAUUUCCUCAACUACCAAGAUGUCGCCACCGAGACUCAGCAUCCAAUCAGGCUCUUCUCACGCUACAUCGACAAGAUUCACAUCUUCUUCCGCUUCACGGCUGAGGAAGCUAAGGAUCUCAUCCAGCGCUACCUGACAGAGCAUCCUGACCCAAAUAACGAAAACAUCGUCGGCUACAACAACAAGAAGUGCUGGCCGAGAGACUCGCGGAUGCGGCUCAUGAAGCAUGACGUGAACUUGGGACGUGCAGUCUUCUGGGACAUCAAGAACAGACUUCCACGCUCGGUCACCACAAUCAACUGGGAAAAUUCCUUUGUUUCUGUCUAUUCCAAAGACAAUCCUAAUUUGCUCUUCAAUAUGGCGGGCUUUGAAUGCCGUAUCUUGCCUAAAUUGAGGACCAUCAACGAAGAGUUCAAUCACAGAGAUGGAGUGUGGAAUCUGCAGAAUGAAGUUACCAAAGAGAGAACGGCUCAGUGCUUCUUGCGCGUUGAUGACGAGUCCAUGCAGCGCUUCCACAACCGCGUCCGUCAGAUCCUCAUGGCUUCAGGCUCCACGACGUUCACCAAGAUCGUCAACAAGUGGAACACGGCCCUCAUUGGACUCAUGACAUACUAUCGCGAAUCAGUUGUCAACACUCCAGAGCUACUGGAUUUGCUCGUCAAAUGUGAGAAUAAAAUUCAGACCCGUAUUAAAAUCGGCCUCAACUCUAAGAUGCCUUCGCGUUUCCCGCCCGUUGUGUUCUAUACACCAAAAGAAUUAGGCGGUCUUGGCAUGUUGUCAAUGGGCCACGUGCUCAUACCUCAGUCAGAUCUGCGCUGGAGCAAACAGACGGACGCUGGCAUCACCCACUUCAGGUCAGGCAUGAGUCACGAUGAAGAUCAGCUCAUCCCUAACUUGUACCGCUACAUCCAGCCAUGGGAGACCGAGUUCCUCGACAGCCAGCGCGUGUGGGCAGAGUAUGCCCUCAAGAGGCAAGAAGCCACCGCACAAAACAGACGUCUCACCCUCGAAGAUCUGGAAGACUCGUGGGACCGCGGUAUUCCGCGCAUCAACACACUCUUCCAGAAAGAUCGUCACACGCUCACGUACGACAAAGGCUGGAGGAUCAGGACUGAGUUCAAACAGUACCAAGUGCUGAAACAGAAUCCCUUUUGGUGGACUCACCAGCGCCACGACGGAAAAUUGUGGAACCUCAACAACUAUCGGACAGAUAUGAUCCAGGCGUUGGGUGGCGUCGAAGGCAUCCUCGAGCACACUCUCUUCAAGGGAACCUACUUCCCCACGUGGGAGGGUCUUUUCUGGGAGAAGGCAUCUGGCUUCGAGGAGAGCAUGAAGUACAAGAAACUCACCAAUGCUCAGCGGUCUGGUUUGAACCAAAUCCCUAACCGACGUUUCACCCUCUGGUGGUCGCCCACAAUCAACCGAGCCAAUGUCUACGUCGGUUUCCAGGUACAGCUCGAUCUCACUGGGAUUUUCAUGCACGGAAAAAUUCCAACGUUGAAAAUUUCACUCAUUCAGAUCUUCCGUGCUCACUUGUGGCAGAAAGUUCACGAGAGCGUCGUCAUGGAUCUCUGUCAAGUCUUCGAUCAGGAGCUCGACGCCCUCGAAAUCGAAACUGUGCAAAAGGAGACGAUCCAUCCUCGUAAGUCGUACAAGAUGAACUCAUCGUGCGCUGACAUCUUGCUGUUUGCCGCAUACAAGUGGAAUUACAGCAAGCCUUCCCUGCUAGCUGACUCCAAGGACUCCAUGGAUGGGUCUACAACGCUCAAAUACUGGAUUGAUGUUCAACUCCGCUGGGGCGACUACGACUCGCAUGAUGUGGAGCGCUACGCCCGCGCCAAGUUCCUCGACUACACCACAGACAACAUGUCGCUCUACCCGUCGCCUACUGGCGUGCUCAUCGCUAUUGACUUGGCAUAUAAUCUGCACAGUGCCUAUGGAAACUGGUUCCCGGGAGCCAAGCCCCUCAUCCAACAAGCAAUGGCCAAGAUCAUGAAGGCCAAUCCUGCUCUCUACGUACUUCGAGAGCGUAUCCGCAAAGGCUUGCAGUUGUAUUCCUCUGAGCCAACCGAGCCUUAUCUCUCGUCUCAGAACUACGGUGAGCUUUUCUCCAACCAAAUUAUCUGGUUUGUAGACGACACUAAUGUCUACCGAGUCACCAUCCACAAAACCUUUGAAGGUAACCUCACAACAAAACCCAUCAAUGGAGCCAUCUUCAUCUUCAAUCCUCGAACUGGACAGCUCUUUUUGAAGGUCAUCCACACCUCUGUGUGGGCAGGCCAGAAGCGUCUCGGUCAGCUGGCCAAGUGGAAAACUGCAGAAGAAGUUGCGGCUCUCAUUCGUUCACUGCCCGUCGAAGAGCAGCCUAAACAGAUCAUCGUCACCAGGAAGGGAAUGUUGGAUCCCCUUGAGGUCCAUUUGCUUGACUUCCCCAACAUCGUCAUCAAGGGAUCGGAACUCCAGUUGCCCUUCCAAGCUUGCCUAAAAGUUGAAAAAUUCGGUGAUCUUAUCUUGAAGGCGACAGAACCCCAGAUGGUGCUGUUCAAUCUUUACGACGACUGGCUCAAGAAUAUCUCGUCGUACACGGCGUUCUCUCGCCUCAUCCUCAUCCUGCGCGCCUUGCAUGUCAACAACGAUCGCACAAAAGUUCUGCUCAAGCCCGACAAGACGACCGUCACCGAACUGCACCACAUCUGGCCUUCGCUCUCGGAUGAAGAAUGGGUGAAUGUUGAGCUGCAGCUCAAAGACCUCAUCCUCGUGGAUUACGGCAAGAAGAACAACGUCAACGUCGCUUCCCUCACCCAGUCUGAGAUCCGUGACAUCAUCCUUGGUAUGGAGAUCAGUGCACCAUCACAACAGAGGCAACAGAUCGCCGAAAUCGAGAAGCAGACAAAGGAGCAAAGUCAGAUGACGGCCACUACGACGCGCACCACCAACAAACACGGUGACGAAAUUAUAGCUUCCACCACAAGCAAUUACGAGAGCGCUACUUUCAGCAGCAAGACCGAGUGGCGCGUCCGUGCCAUUUCUGCUACGAACUUGCAUUUGAGAACCAACUACAUCUACGUCUCUUCGGAUGACAUCAAAGAGACUGGGUACACCUACAUCUUGCCCAAGAAUAUCCUCAAGAAGUUCAUCAUCAUCUCUGACUUGCGCACGCAGAUUGCCGGGUAUCUGUAUGGAGUGAGUCCUGCAGACAACCCGCAAGUCAAGGAAAUCCGCUGCAUAGUUAUGCCGCCUCAGUGGGGCACGCAUCAGAUGGUCCACCUGCCUCAUAAACUCCCGCAACACGAGUUUACAUCAGAACUGGAACCUCUGGGUUGGAUCCAUACUCAGCCUAACGAGCUGCCGCAGUUGUCACCUCACGACAUCACCACACACGCUACUAUCAUGGCGGAUAACAGUGCCUGGACCACUGACCGCACCAUCGUCAUCACCUGCUCCUUCACGCCUGGAUCCUGCUCUCUGCAGGCCUACAAACUCACUCCUUCAGGCUUUGAGUGGGGGCGCAACAACAAGGACAUGGGCAACAACCCCAAGGGAUACCUGCCGUCUCACUACGAGAAAGUACAAAUGCUUUUGUCAGACCGUUUCUUGGGACUCUUCAUGAAUCCCUUGCAGGGAUCUUGGAACUACAACUUCAUGGGCGUCCGCCAUGACCCAAACAUGAAAUAUGACCUACAGCUUUCAAGUCCCAAGGAGUUCUAUCAUGAGAUCCAUCGGCCCGCUCACUUCCUGAACUUCUCAGCUCUUGACGAGGCGGACACCAUCACUGGCGCUGACCGGGACAACGCUCUCGAAUAGGCGCCGCCUUGCCUCGUUUGAGCGGACGGAGAAUCAAUACUACAGCAAUCAAGCAUUGUAGUUAAGCUUCUUUUUUGAUGAAGUGGCUUCAGAAUAAAUGAACUUCAGGCUGAUUUCAAGGACGAUCGUUCUCUAUAAAUCGGAUUGUUGUACACUCGCUUGUUCAAAGAGUUUCUGUUGACAACAUGAUUCUAAAUUUAAUUUUUUUUUCUCUCAAUUUUCUUUUUCCUCUGCGAUUCCCCCGUGUCACUUCACCGUAUCUGUUCGCGUCAAAUCAUCAACUGCUACAAUAGAAGCUCACUACUGUUGUUAUGAAAAAUAUUUUUCACCUUGAGGAUAUUCUGAUGUCGCGUCAAGAGAUAUUUGCAAAAACACACGAUGUUCAUUGGAGCUCGUGAAAUUCCUUCAUCUUUAUUUCCUAUCAUCAGCAUAGCGAUUUUGAAAUAGCCGUUUUCCCUCAUUUUUUUGUGGUUCUCAGCUGACAGCCUGGUCGUUUGAUUAUCGUGUGCUAUUCCUGCCCGAGUCGACCUUUUAUAACUCGUCUCAUGUAAACAUUGAACAUUGCUCGGCUGGUUGCAACAUAGCACAUUGCUAGUGAACCAUUAAAUUUCUAAGACAAGCAACCGUCCCUGUGGACGACGUUCUUUGAUAUGUAACGUUUUUGAGCCUUGAGUGUAUUGAGGCACUAUUAUGUAUUACAUUCAUCUUAUGGCGCUGCACGAACAAACAAACCUUCGUUGUCUGCAAGCAUUCGUCAAAUGCUGAGUUAGUUUUAUAAUUUUAAGAUAAUAUUUAAGCCUCUUCAAUUCCCCGGAAGAUUAAUUAUGAAUGUUUUUCUAUUCACUUAUAUUAAUUUGAAACAUAAUUUACGUAACACCUUGAAACUCUGCCGAAAGUUUUAUUCUCUUCAUCUUGAUUUUCGCUUUAUUUCGCUGAACAAACUCAGUUGUGAGAAUUGAUCCCUUCAGCCAUUGCUGGUGUGCGCUGUUGUGGGAAGCAAGCAAGCGAGGCAGGAGGCAGAGCAUCUGCGUGGAGCUUGUGUCGCUCCUGGGGAGCCGAGUUUCGGCGUCACGCAGUUAAUGCGUAUUUCGUCAUAAUUUAAACUUUCUUUACCGAUGUUCGUGCGACGUGAAUAUUUUUUGCAUUUGGUCCAGCGAUUCCUUUACUUUAUACUUUAGUAUCUACUUAUACUUGUGGAUCAGUGUAAUCUCUGAAAUAAAUUGAGAGCGCGC